GGAUGUCAAAGGCUUUGUUAAAAGCAACAAAGCAAUACGGCAAUACAUUCGAGAUUUACCUUAUGACACAACGAUGUAUCGUUGUAUCUGAUCCAAAGGAGGUUGAAAAAGUUUUUAAUAAUUCACCGAGAAACAAAUUUUUUAAUAGGGCUGAAUUAGGUUCACUUCAUGAAUACAAGCUUAACACUGGUGUGGCAUUUAAUAAUGACUACCCAGCAUGGAGAUAUAAUAGAAAAUUUAUUGCACAAGCAUUAUUGUCACUAAGGCUUUUAAAAGAGUCAGUCACCACCGGUCAACAAAAUUUUGACAAAUCAAUGAAAUAUUGGCAAAUAAAUCAUGGGACAAAAAAAGAAUUUGUUGUUAAUAUAGCAGAAUGGGCAAGAUAUUAUACAGCUGACUCAAGUUUUAAAUUAUCAACUGGUAUACCCUCUUAUUCAUUAGCUUCCUACAACAAAAUUUCAUUGGAUGAU